CAAGCUCGCUCGCAAGCGCAACCCACCCACGUCUACGGUCUACCACACGAAGCAUCGUAGCCAGCCAGCCAGCUAAACCCACACCACACAUGGCCGGGAUCGUGGUGGUGUUCGACUUCGACAAGACGAUCAUCGACGUGGACAGCGACAACUGGGUGGUGGACAGCCUCGGCCUCACCGACCUGUUCGAGCGCCUCCUCCCCACCACGCCCUGGAACACGCUCAUGGACACGAUGAUGGGGGAGCUGCACGCGCGGGGCAGGACGCUGGCCGAGGUGACCGAGGCGCUCAGGGCGGCGCCCAUCGACCCGCGCGUGCCCGCCGCCGUCAGGGCCGCGCACGCGCUCGGCUGCGACCUGCGCGUGCUCAGCGACGCCAACGCCUUCUUCAUCCACACCGUCCUGGACCACCACGGCCUGCUCGCCUGCUUCUCCCAGGUCAACACCAACCCCAGCCGCGUCGACGCCCACGGCCGACUCCGCAUCGGGCCCUGCCACGACCCGCGCGCGGCGCCGCACGGCUGCGGCGUCGGCACCUGCCCGCCCAACAUGUGCAAGGGCCUCGUGCUGGACCGCAUCCUCCGCGAGGCCGAGGCCGAGGCCGAGACCGCAUCCUCCGCGAAGCCGCGCGUCAUCUACCUGGGCGACGGCCGCGGCGACUACUGCCCGGCGCUGCGGCUGGCGCGCACAGACUUCGUGAUGCCCCGCAGGGGUUACCCCGUCUGGGACCUCAUCUGCGAGGACCCCGCGCGCCUGCAGGCGGAGGUGCACCCCUGGACCGACGGCGCCGAGCUGGAGGAGACGCUGCUGCGCCUCGUGCGGAGGGCGGUCGUGGAGGACGCCGCGCUGCCGCCGCCGCCGCCGCCGCCGCUCGACUGCAAGCUCGAGUCCAUGCCCGUCGCCGCGCAGGACGGUAUGCCCAUCGUGCCGCUGGGCGUCAAGAACUGAUACUGUCUCUGGUUCAGAAUUGAGGUCGCCGGUUAGAGCUCCAACAAAUUCCGGGCGAGGCACGGCGUACCGUUAGUAGCGUUUCACUAAUUUUGUGCGUCUGUGGUGUAUCCGUCCUGAUCGAGUCUGUUGCUGCUGAAUUGGUUACGACUCGUUGUAUCUUACUAAAAAAGGUAAAGUUAAUAAUGGAUUAGACAUGGUACUAUUUGUUUCUUGGUUUCGAAUUAAAGCUAGCUAUUCAGACUACAGCAUCCUGCAAUCGAAAUAUGCAGAGAC